GGGGUUGAUUUACAUACAAGAGGGAGGGGGGAGCCAGACAAUAUAAGAGCAUGGCUCGCUCACGCUGACAAGCUCACACAUCAACUUGUGAUCACUUGUACGGAGUGCAGCAAACUUUGGAUCUUCUACUACCGGAGCAGAUCUUUGAUUAAAGGGAUUUUCCAGCAGAUCUACAGCAACAUGAAGGCCAUCAGCCCAGUGAGAUCAAUGCCCAGCUGCUACCAGGCUGUGUGCUGCUUGUCUGAACAGAGCCUGAGCAUUGCCAGGAGUAGUAGCCACAAGGGAAGUGUAGAAGAACCCAUGGGGCUCCUGUAUGACAUGAAUGACUGCUAUUCCAAGCUGAAGGAGCUGGUGCCUGGCAUCCCUCAAGGGAGCAAACUAAGUCAAGUAGAGAUCCUCCAACAUGUCAUUGAUUACAUCUUCGACUUACAGAUCGUAUUGGGGGAAGAGCAGGAGCACAGCAGCAGCAUCCUCGCACUACAGAAUUCAGAUUUCUCAGCAAUGUCAACGUCAGAGGAUGCCAGUGUGUGCCAUUGA